UCUCUUCCUCUAACACUCAGAGCCUGUGGGUGGCUGUCUGUGUCGCCACACCUUGUAGCUUCUUUUGGUACGUUGAAGAGACAACACACUAACUCAGAAAAGCUUUUCUAUAAAGAAAUAUAUGACAGGAUCCUUUAUAUAUUUUCAAGUUUUCAGUGGAGUACUUUCUGAGAAUUAAUGGGGACGAUUCCUGAUGACAUCAGAAGACUUCUCGAAGAUUGUGAGCUAUUUGUCUCAAGUAUUUUGCAGGAUGAGAACCUCAGCAGACAUGCACAAGAAACAAGAGAAAUAUUACUAAACAAUUUUCGAAUUGUCCACAACAGAAAUCCACAGGAAUUCCCAUACAGAUCUGAUGUUAGACAUGAGGACAGUUCAGAUGACAACCACAGUAGUCUGGGACGUUCUGCCCCUUCUGACGAUCUGUCUGUGGCAUCAGACUAUCAGGAGGAUACUGCACAAGAAUAUUUUGAAGAUAUUCCCAUGGUGGCAGCACAAGAUCUGAGUAAUAUUCUUAAGCAAGGCUAUCUGGAGAAAAAAAGACGUGAUCAUAGCUUCUUCAGCAUGGAGUGGCAGAAAAGGUGGUGUGUCCUGAACAAUACCAUAUUCUACUACUUUGGAAGUGAAAAAGACAAACAGCAGAAAGGAUCUUUUUAUAUCAAUGGUUAUAGCGCAGAGCUGGUACCCAACUUGCGUAAAGACUCCAAGAAAAACUGUUGCUUUGAGUUGAAUGCUCCUGGAAGGCGAUCUUUUCAGUUCACUGCCAGCAGCCCCCGUGAGGCCAGGGAAUGGGUGGACCAAAUCAAUUUUGUCUUAAAGGACCUUAGCUCCAGCUUUAUCCCCUUUGAUGAUGAUGAGGAAGAGGAAGAGGAGGAUGAAGAGGAGGCAUAUGAUGACAUAGAAAGGGCAGCAACUGUGCCGCCUCUUCCCGGGCAGGUCUCUACAGUUGCCCCAGCUACAGCACCACCAACUGGUGGGAAGGUGGUGAAGAAGGACAGGGCAGUGACAGACAGCAGGGAAGAGGAAGAGGAGGAAGAGGAUAUCUAUGAAGUAUUGCCAGAGGAUGAGCUCUGUGACCAGGCUGAGGAGAGCACCAAGAGGAGCCAACGAGCAGAUCCAUCAUCAGAUUAUGCCAAUUACUAUCAAGGCCUGUGGGACUGUGAGGCAGACAAGCCAGAUGAGCUCUCGUUUUGUAGAGGAGACCUCAUCUACAUUCUGAGCAAGGAGUACAACAUCUAUGGCUGGUGGGUUGGUGAGCUGGAUGGUAAUGUUGGCAUUGUACCCAAAGAGUUCUUGCACCCUGCAUACAUUAUUUAAUCUGUUAAAGUAUGUAAAGCCCCACAUUCUUAGACAUGGACCUUGUACAAAGUUCAAGCCUCACCAAAAUCACCACAGACUUCCCAAAGACGUUCACCACAACCCACUGAUCAGAUGUGACUAUACUUCAAGAUUAGAAAUAAACAUGAAUAUGAUGUCCACCAUUCUACCAAUACUGACAUCUGUUAUGUAACAGCAAGGAUUAAUGCUGAAUUUCUGUUUCUUUUUUUAAUAAACUGAUGUGGUCAUCAAGAAA